GUCUUCAUUCAACAGAGUUCUUCUAUCAUUUUCUCCGAAAUAGCAAGACUGUCUUUGACCAGUUACUAGUUCGACACAUCGAGAUUUGACGAUGAAGUCAGUAAACGGUUCCCUGAUGUUGCGGGUGUUCAUCAUCAUAGUGUCAGGACUCCUCACAACACAAACCUAUACCAGAGCUGACAGCUUGGGAUACGGAGAAGAAAAUACAACAAUGAUCAUGGUGGAAGAGAUGACUGAAGCCACAAUGGUGGAAGACAGCUCUGAGACCGGUUGGGCUUGGUACCCAAUGGCAUGGAGAUGGUGGACAAUCGCCCAGGUGAUCUGCGCUAUCCUUGGUGUCUUCGACAACGGCGUCGUCAUCGUCAUCAUCUUUCAGCGAGUGAAGAAGAACCGAUCAACAGAUACCCUGAUAGGAGCUUUGGCCAUCGCUGAUCUUCUGACGUCGGUAUUCCUCUUCCCGCUCCCUUGGGCCAAGCAUGUUCCUGCAACCAUACUGGGAAGGAUGUACUGUAAGCUGCUCUAUCCUGGCUUCGCUCUUUGGUUGUGUAUCACUGCAUCCACAUAUUUACUCAAUGCAAUCUGUAUUGAACGUUACAUCGCUGUAGUUUAUCCACUCUACUUCAACAGGGUCUUUACCAAGGCUAAGGUGUCCAUUGCUGUUGCUUUCGUAUGGCUUUUAGCCUUUGCUCAGUGCGUCUAUACCUUUUUUGUAUAUAUCUACGAUGAUGAAAUCGAGAACUGUAACUCACUCAUUAAUACUGAUGUAGGUCGGGUAGUCCAUGCGUACUAUGCCUUUUCCAUCCGUUUAGCCAUUCCAGUUCUGAUCAUGGUCAUCACUCAGAUCCUUAUCAUCCGGUCACUCCAUGUCCAGUCUAAGCGGUUUCAGGGCAUGAGGGGUGACGUGGAAACCAACUACCCUCCAUCCUUCCACAUCACUGCCCGUAACAACGUCAUCAAGAUGAUGCUCAUCGUUGUCUGUGUCUAUGUCAUCACUUGGACACCCAAUCAGAUCGCUUACCUUUUAUUCAACCUCGGUUACAUCAGUUCAUCUUACCGCGGAAGUCCACUCCAUCGCAGUCUCACCGUCUUUGCUUUCCUCAACUCCUGCGCGAACCCUAUCAUCUAUACGUCUCGUCAUACAGAGUUUAGACAAGCAUUGGCGAGUCUAUUCACCUGCUCCAAGCCUGAGAUCGCAUCCCUGUUCGCUAUCAAAGAUAAGGCCAAAGAAUCUCCAGUAGCCGCCGAGACAAAAACUGAGAAUAUUCCACAAAGCGCCUGAAUGUUACAUACAGCCCAUCCCACCUCAAUGUAUAAUAAUGGUGAUAAUAAUAAUAAUAAUAAUAACAUUGAUGAUAAUAAUAAUGAUAACAACAGUCAGAAUAUUUACUAUUUAGGAGGGCUAAACAAAAAAUAAACUUAGCGCUUACGAAAUCACAGAAUUCAAAGAGAAAUAUAAAUAACAUGGACACAAAUAAGCACAUUAUUAAACUGAGACAAGAAGUGUGUUUUAAUGGAA